CUGUCAUGUUUACUCUGUAGUCCAGCUGGACUUCCUGCACCAAAGCGGAACUCAUGCAUCCGGUCCCGUAACGACUUUACGCCCAUCCAUCAUCAAUCCCCUGCUCUCAGGGGCCCUCCCCGCCCCGCGGUGUCGCUGUAGACGCACGUCCUGUCUGCGGUGCACACCCAGUACGCACACACAAGCGCAACAGGUGCAACUUCUUCACUAGCAACGAUACCUGGAGCGCACAGUAAUACAUUCACCACCACUUUCCUUUGGGUCAGAAUGAACCGCGGACGGUGAGGAGUUUUGGUGCGGCUGCAGAAGUUAACCCGCUGUAGUCACCAAGCCUCAUGUGAUCGCUGACUUAGACAAGCAGCCCGGCAGCAGCCAGACAACCAGCCAGCCAGCAGCCAGGCAACCAGACAACCAGCCAGCCAGCCAGCAGCCAGCCAGCAGCCAGACAACCCUAUAGCCCACAGCCCCCAGCGCUCUAUCCCCCCCAGCUCCCAGCAUGAAGCCCCCCCAGCAGGUUGACAUCCGGGCGGCGCUCCUCCUGUCCUCCUCCUUCCACUUCCUGUGCAGCGUGGGGCGGGGCUGCUUGCUGCCGUUCCUCACGCUCUACCUCCGGCGCCUGGGCCUGGGCGCUGCCGCCACCGGGGGCGUCAUGGCGACCCGCCACCUGACCACAUUGCUCUGGAGCCCGCUGGCUGGAGCACUGACCCGGCGCUACGACAAGAGGCGGCUGGCGGCGGUGCUCUCCCUGGUGGGCUCGGCCGCCGUGGCUCUGCUGAUCCCCUUCAUCCCCCCCCUCGACGCCCGCGCUCUGGGUGGCCGCUGCAACGCCAGCGCAGCUAGCAUUGGUUCUAGUGUUAGCAUUAGCCCCGGUGCUAGCAUUAGCCCCGGUGUUAGCGUUAGCAUUAGCCAUGGUGUUAGGUCUAGCAUUAGCCCCGGCACUAGCAUUAGCCCCGGUGCUAGCAUUGGCCCUGGAGUUAACGUUAGCAUUAGCCCUAGUGUUAGCGUUAGCCCGACCGCCUUCCCCGCGCCCCAGCCGCUCUCCAGCUCCUCUGUGGGAGGGGUCCCCCCCAGCACCCUGCCUGCCGCGGGGCCGCUGAGCAACGCCCCCUCUGAGGGUCAGCUGGCGGCCAACGGUACGCUGGGGGGGGCAGGGAGUGGCAACAAGUCGGUCGUCAACGGGCACCGGGUGGAGAGGGGGGCCUCGGGCCCUGCCCUGAGCCACCGGUCGCUUGACGUCCCGGAGCCCAGCGGGGGCUGGAGGGGGGUGGGGGGGGCGGGCGGUGAGGAGGACGGGGGCUUCCUGAGCGGGGGCUGGAGGGGGGUGGGGGGGGCGGGGGGUGAGGAGGACGGGGGUUUCCUGAGCGGGCUGAAGGGCGUGGCGGCGCGGCAGCAGCUCCUCCUGCUGCUUCUGAUGGGCGUGGUCGCGUGGGAGCUGCUUGCGGCGCCGCUGGCCUGGGCGGUGGAGGACGGUCUCCACGACUACCUGGACGCGGUGGACGCCGCAGAUCGUCACGGCAACGCGCCCACUUGGGGCCGGCUGGGCGCGGCACUCGGCGCCGGGGGGGCGGGGAUCCUGGUGAGCCGGCUGCCCUGCUUCCUGGUGGGCGAUCACGUGACCCGCGGCGCCACCCACUUCUUCCUCUACGCUGCGCUGGCCGCGCCCACGCUGAUGGUGGGCUCCGCCCUCCUGCCGCUUCUGCACCUGGACAGGAAGCGGGCGCGCGGGGGCGGGCUCAUGAGGGCCCUGCGGCUGGUCGGGGGCCGCCCCGGGGGCCCGCUCUGUGCUGCCGUUGCCCUGCUGGCCGCCGCGGGCGGCGCCGCGCUUGAAGACUUCCUGCUGUGGGCCAUGGAGGACGCGGGCGCGGGCGAGCUGCACAUGGGCGUGGGCGUGGCUCUGGGCUCACUGAGCGAGGCGGCCUUCCCCCUCCUGCUGGGCCUGUGCUCGCGGCCCCCUGGCCCCUGGGGGCCCCUGAUGGCCGGGGCGGGGGCCCUGGCUCUGACGUGCCUGUACUGCUCCUUCCUCUGGGGCCCCUGGGCCGCACUACCCGCCCAGCUGCUGCGGGGCCUCAGCGCGGGGACCCUGUGGUGGGGGGUCGGGGCGCAGGCGGAGGAGGUGGGGGCAGGGGGGGCGGAGCUUGGUGUGCGGCGGGUGUACGGUUGGCUGUGCGCUGGGAUGGGGGCAGUCCUCGGGUCCAUGGGGGCGGGGUUUGUGGCAGAGCGGUGGGGGGUGCGCUGGCUGCUGCGGGGCGUGGCCCUGGGCGUGGCCGUGUGCUGCGUGCUCCUCCCCCUGCUCCGGUGGCGGACGCCGCAGCAGCACCGCAUCAACUACUCCCGCCUCCUGGCGGCGGACGACAGUGAGGACAGUGGCUCGGAGGAAGAGCCGGAGACGGACUGGCUGGACCGCGCCCUGGAGGUGGACCGCGCCCUGGAGGCGAACCUCGCCCUCCAGGACCAUGCCCUCAAAGGGGAUCGGCACCGGCAGAACCUCUCUGAGAGGAGGGGCCACCUCUGAGAGGAGGGGCCACCUCUGGGGGGAGGGGCCACCUCUGGGGGGAGGGGCCACCUCUGGGGGGAGGGGCCACCUCUGGGGGGAGGGGCCACCUCUGGGAGGGGAAUUAGGAUAACUGUCAUGUUACUGCUUUCUGACAAUGAAUGUGAUUCUGUGGGUUUCAUAGUAAAAAUAAAAACGUAACUAUC